UCUCAAGAGAAGCUCAGACCACUGAAGAUAGCUUAACCUGUCAGCAUGAAGUUGCCUCUCGUUCUCCAUUGCUCAGCUGCAAUUCUCGUGUUGCUGCUUCUUUCAAAACAAGGUAGUGAAGCUCGUCCACCUGUGGGUUGCUGCCUUAGAACAUCUGAUAGAAAAGUGUCUGUGGAUCAGCUCUCGAAGUACACGAUCCAGACGAAACCCUUAUGUCCUGUUUAUGCUGUGAAAUUUACGACUCAGAGGGAAAACAUAAUCUGCUCUGAUCCCUCCUCGCCAUGGGCGAUCAGGGCCAUGGCCUUUUUGGACAAGAAGAAUAAUCCCCAGCAAACAAAGCCCAUAAGAACGUCGCCCCAAACCACAUCAUUACCACCUGUCAUGCAGAGUAACAGCAUGACAGCAAACUGAAUGUUAUUUCUUGCUUGAUAUGACUGACGAGCUUAUGUACAUUCCGAUCGUCUGAUUAGCAUUUCCACUGUGUUUGAAGUCUUGAUAUAUGAAUAUGCACUUUAUUAUUGUGAGAUUUUGUGUUAUUAUUAUUGUUAUUUUCACAUUUAAGCUUUUUGUGUAUUGUUUUGAAUCUUUUCAGGGACAGAAAAGUUUUGUAUGAAUUAUAUAUUUUGUAUGAAUUGUUAUUGAAUCUUAAAACCGCUUAAUUUAUCAACUAUA